AUGGACUUCUUAACAGAUGAUACAGGAAUAAAUGCUAUUAAUGUUUAUGAAGCUUUAGAGUAUAUUUUAGAUAUUGCAAAUAAUUUAAGGAUAUAACGAAAAGAAAGGAAAUAAAUUUAAGACAACUCUAUACAUUAUAUACUCAAGGAAUGCGAGUAUUUAGUUAAUAUCAGACUGUUUUACCAUGACAUCGAAGACGGCCCUUAUAGAAUAGAAAAUGAAGAUGAAGAACCAUAAAGCAUGAAGAAUGAUAAUAUGCAAUGCUUUAGUAUUGCUAAGAGAAAAAGAAUUUUAUCUUAAAAUUAAGAAGAUCUAUCUUAGAAUUCAUAACAAAUCAGUGAUAAUAAUGAUUCUUCUUAAAUUUUAAGUGCUCAACAAAUAUUAAAUAUCAUGAAUAAUAAGCAAGGAGCAGGAUUAUUUUUAACUCCAAUUAAAGAUAGGUCAUAUGUUAGAAGUUUAAUUGCAAAAGAGAAAUUGAAGAAUAUUUCUUAUCAAGAUGUUUUGAAUAACUCUAUAACUUAUUAUGGAAAAGAUGGAUUAGAUAAGAAGGCUACAAACUUGUUUAACAAAUAUGUAAAAGGACAUUCACUAGGUCCAUUGAAAAUUGAUUAACAAAUUAGUCCUUUGAGAGUUUUACCUAAGGAGCUACAAUUGCCUAAAAAUGUAGCCUUUUAAAGAUGUUAUCCUCAAGACAUUAUUGAGUAACUAGAAAAUGAAGUUAAAAUUGAAAACCUAAAUAUAGACACAAGAAAAAUAAGUUUAGAUAUUUCUUAGCUUGAUUAUUCUAAAAUAAAGCUUCCAAAUUAAAAAACAGAAGCGCAUCUAGAAACUUUGCUGCAUGUUCCUACCUACUAAUCUUUGUUUUAAUAAAAUAUAAUGAAGUAUGAAAACAGCCAAUUAACACUACCUACAACUCAGAUAACUUCAUCUCAGCCACAUAUUUCUAUUUAAGUAUCUAAUUUAAAUUAGAUUCAAAAAAAAGAAGAUGAAAUAAACAAUAAUAUUAAUAACAACAAUAAUAAUCUAUCAAGUAUGAAAUAAAUAAAUGUAAAAUAAGAGAGUUACCACAUUCCAUAGCAAUAUAGAUAGCAAGUUUAUAGUAAAUUUAAUAACUAAUAGUCAAGCUUAUACAGUAUUUCACCUAUGAAUCAAUAAAAUAAAGUAAAAAGAACUUUGUCAAAUAUCAAAUAGAAUGAUAAAAGUUUAAGCUAUAAUGAAUACAGCUAGACUAGAAAUUUAAAAAGCACUCAGAUUAGAAGUUUAGAAAGAAACGAAAUCCCUUCUUUUUAAAAUAAAUCUCCUAUAAUAUAUGAUUUUGAUAAUUAAUUUUAAAAAAAGUAUUAUAUAGAUCAGUCUUUUGACCAUCAGCAUAAUAAUGAAAUUUAACAUAGUUUGUAAACACAAUAAAAUUAGUACCACAAUAAUUCAAUUGAAUCAAACUAAGUAGGAUUGAAUUCAAUAAUGAAUGAGUAAGAAAAUGAUGAGUAAAUAGAAAUGAAUGAUUCUUCAAUUAUAAAAUAGAAUUUAGAAAAUAUCUACAAAUAGCAAAAAGUAAUGAGAAAAGAAUUAAGUUAGCUUAUACUUGAAAGAAAGAAACAAUAAAAAUAUAAUUCAUAAAUAAAAAAUAAUAAUGAUAAAAGUAAAAUAAUAAUGUUUGAACAUAGAAAUUACUCAAACAUAAAACAUAGAUCAAAUGUUUCCCCUUUACCUUCUAAAUUAAAUAAUUCUUCACAGUAAAUAAAAGAAGUUUUAAAUUCAUCAUAAAAUUAUUCUAGUAACAAAAUAGAUUAUCUUUAUCAACCUUAAAUAUUAUCUUAAUACAAUAACAAUCAUAUAAAAUAACCUAGCUACCUUCCUCCUCUAAAAACUUAAAGAUUAAGCUACAAUAUGUGA